CAUAGAACCACAGAAAGAGCCCCAAUGGAGAAACGUCUACUCUCCAACAUCUACAUAGUAAUUAUAUAUGCUCUUCUCUGGUUCACCCGAUGCAAGAGCUUUGUUGAGUUAUCAUCAUCCUCUGCCAAUCCAAACGAUACGGGCACUGGCUGUAUUCCCGGUGAGAGGUCCGCGCUUGUUGGCUUCAAAGCAGGCCUCUUGGACCCUGAAAACCUCCUUUCAUCGUGGAAAGCUGAAGAUUGCUGCAGAUGGAAGGGUGUCCACUGCAGCAGCAGAAACGGCCAUGUUGUCAAGCUCGAUCUCCCAGGUCGUGGUUGUGACCCCAACCUCUAUGUGCGGACGCAAGUGCUAGGAGGCACCAUUAGCUCCUCACUACUUGGUCUACAACGUCUACAUUAUCUCAACCUCAGCUGCAAUGGAUUCUAUGGCAUGCAAAUACCUGAGUUCAUGGGUUCUCUCCACAAGUUGAGGUAUCUCGAUCUAUCGGGGCUAACCUUCACUGGAAGGAUACCACCACAGCUGGGUAAUCUCUCCAACUUACAAUACUUAAAUCUCGCUUCUUACACAUACUCCAAUGAUAUCACCUGGUUGUUACAACUAACUUCCCUUGAGCACCUGGACCUGAGCUACGUGAACCUCAGCACAAUCGUCCACUGGCUUCCGGUGGUGAACAUGCUUCCAUCUCUGAAAUUUCUUGGUCUUAGUAGUUGCGAUCUUAGAACUAACCUUGGUUCACUUCAGAUUUCAAAUCUGACUUCUCUUGAAACACUUGACCUUUCUGGCAAUAGCUUCCAUAGACGUAUCACACCUAACUGGUUUUGGGGUUUGACUAGCCUUAAGUACCUAGAUAUCUCAGGGAAUGGUUUCUUUGGACAAUUUCCGGAGGACGUAGGUAAUAUGACCUCCAUAGUAAAGCUUGUUCUAUCACGGAACAACCUUCUAGGCAUGAUACCAUCGAACCUGAAGAACCUAUGUCGCUUGGAAGUAUUCGAUGUACAGGAAAACAACAUCAAUGGAGACAUAACAGAAUUCUUCCUCCGCUUGCCUAGUUGUUCAUUGAAUAAGUUGACUCACUUGUAUCUACCUUCCAGCAAUUUGACAGGAAGACUACCAACCAAACUAGAACCGUUAAGCAAUCUGAUCAGCCUUGAUCUCAGUCAUAACAAGCUCACUGGUCCUAUGCCACUGUGGAUAGGAGAGCUGGCAAAGCUAACCGAACUAGACCUGAGCUACAAUAACCUAGAUGGUUUCGUACAUGAAGGUCAUUUCUCAGGCCUAGAAAGUUUGGAGAGUUUGUGGUUGUCUAAUAAUUCUAUAAUGUUCGCAGUGAAUUCGACAUGGGUUCCUCCUUCAAAUCUAACGAAUAUCGAACUUCGGUCAUGCUUUCUCGGGCCUAAAUUCCCAUCAUGGCUUAGAUGGCUAACACGUCUAGACAAUCUUGAUAUCUCAAACACAAGCAUAUCUGACAUGAUGCCGGAUUGGUUUUGGAUAACGGCUUCCACUGUUAAAGCUCUAAAUAUGCAACAUAACAAAAUUAGCGGUUAUUUACCUUUUACAAUGAAUUUUACAAGAGUAGUUGCAAUUGAUCUUAGUUCUAAUCUUUUCAGUGGCCAAAUACCUAAGCUUCCCAUUCAUUUGACUGAGUUGUAUCUUAGUAGAAAUAAUUUAGAUGGGCCACUACCAUUAGACUUUGGAGCACCGAAAUUAAGAACACUUAUUCUAUUUGACAACUCCAUCCCUGGCGCCAUACCCUCUUCCUUGUGCACAAUGCAAUUACUACUUCUGUUGGAUAUCUCCAAAAAUAAGCUAACUGGACCAUUUCCUGACUGUUCUGCUAAUAGAUCCACAAUAAAUGGCACAGGUAUUCGUAAUCUAAGCCUCAGAAACAACCACCUCUCGGGUGAAUUUCCUUCAUUUCUCGAACACUGCCCACAACUUGUCUUUCUUGAUCUUGCACACAACCAUUUUUUUGGAACUUUGCCAACAUGGAUUCCUGAGAAAUUGCCAUAUUUGGCUUUCUUACGGCUGCGGUCGAAUAUGUUUUAUGGUCACAUUCCAGAGGAGCUAACAGAGCUAGUUAAUCUUCAGUAUUUGGACCUUGCCUACAAUAAUAUAACGGGGAUCAUACCAAAAUCUAUUGUUAACUUCAAAGGGAUGACUGCUGCGAGUGAUCAUUUUGACGAUGAUUAUACAUUUCAAGCUGCUUUCAACUUCGGUCAUGGAUGGACAGAUGGCUACACAUACCAAGAAUUGUCAAUUCAUUAUAAUGACUUGGUCACCUAUACAGAGAAUUUUACUGUAGUCACAAAGGAUCAAGAGAGAUUAUAUACAGGAGAGAUCAUAUAUAUGGUGAAUCUUGAUUUAUCAUGUAAUAAUCUUAUUGGAGAUAUUCCCGAAGAAAUUAGCACUCUUGUCGAACUGAAGAACCUGAACUUAUCGUGGAACACCUUCAGCGGAAAAAUUCCUGCGAAUAUUGGCGCCUUGGCGCAAGUGGAGUCACUCGACCUAUCACACAAUGAGUUGUCCGGUGGAAUCCCUGCCAGCUUAUCAACUCUCACAUCAUUAAGUCGCUUGAACAUGUCCUAUAAUAACCUGACCGGAGAGGUACCAUCUGGAGAUCAACUGCAAACACUUGAAGAUCCAGAAUAUAUUUAUAUUGGCAACCCAGGCCUCUGCGGUCCUCCUCUCUCACAGAAAUGUUCACAACCCGAGUCAAUUCCAGCUACUCCAGAACACCAUGAUGAUUUAAACGAUGUGGCAUCAUUUUUCAUCGCUAUGGGUUCUGGAUAUGUUAUGGGUCUCUGGGUAGUCUUCUGUACCUUCUUAUGCAAGAGGAAAUGGAGAGUUAAGUGGUACCACGUCUGCGACGGUUUGUAUGACCGGGUCUAUGUGCAAGUGGCAGUUACAUGGACUUCUUGGACAAGGAAAAAAUGCGCAGAAGCUGAGAGCGAUCACUAGCUCACGCUGGUUUUCCUUUUGCUAUCACGUAGAGUGUGGGGAUUUUACCAUGUAUCAAUGUAUUUAUAGUAUCGUACUAUACUACUAUUGUUUCAUAAAUAUGUAUUUGAGGAUUAUGCCUUAGAAUAAGGUUUGGGUAUGUAAAGCUGAUGUGUAAUGAAUAAUGCCAGG